GCCUACCAUUUUUGUCCCUCACUCUCCUCGCAUGUAAAAUAGGAAUAAUAGCAGUACCCAUCUCUGCAAGUGGUUACCAGAAAGGAGUUAAUGUUAUGUGAAGUCUUUAGGACAUGAAGUAGGAAUAUGACUGCUAGGUAGGAACAAGUGAGUCCCUCUUUUCUCCUAAUGCUUGGAAUCUGUCCUCGGGACCCCCGGUGCCAUGAAUUAGUUCUUGAGCACUUGUGACAGUCUCUAAGUGCCACCUGGAUCCUCCUGAGAAUGAAGCAGCCUUGUGGGGACCUUCCUGGUUUCCACCACUUUCCCACCUCCUCUUCUCCAAUGCUGGUCGCUAGCCUCCCAGAGUGGGAAAUAUCAACCAGGAGCCCCCUGACCCAAGUACUUGAGGCAUCACCCGCGGGUGCACACCAGCAGGGAGCUGGAGUCGAGACAGGGCUGAAACUCCUACACUCCAACUAUAUGGGAUGUGGCUGCCCCAGUAGUAUCUUUAACUGCUGUACCAGCGGUGACAUUAUCUUCUUGAUCUUCCUCAAGUCAGGUCUGCUUCUUUAGAACAUAGGCACCACAAGCUCUGGAAACGAUGUGAGUCUAGUUAGCAAUGGUCUUCUGAGCUGGCUGCUCUCACCCCUAAAAAUGGCCGAAGCCUUGUACCAGCCUCUUCCCUCUGAUCCUGAUGCUGAGAGCCGGGAAGGGAGUGGGGAGCUAAGGAACGUUCACUUAGCCCCCCGCCCGGGGAUCGUCUCUCAAGGCACGACAGGCCUGGCGCUUCUCUGCGUCCUCCGCGCUCGCCCAGGCGACUCCUGCAACUAAGCCACAGUUCCCAGGCAAGCACCGGGGCCGCGGCCCUGGAUCAGAAGAGACGUCGCCGGCCGGGUUCAGCUGGAAGCGAAUGUCUGAGGCGAAAAUCGCGGAAAACCACCUGAAGUGGCGCGGCCGUCCGCUCCAGGGACUCGCGUCCCGCGGCCGCCUCCCCUCUCCGGGGACCUGGGCCUUCCCGAGCCUGCCUGAGGGGCGCCGAGCCGGGCCGGAGGGUGCGCACCCGGCGCACGGGAGCCCUUCGGACAGACGGUCGGCUAAGGCCGGCCGCCUCGCGCCCGGAGACGCUCGGCUUUCCCGCCGCUGGAGAGGGCGGGACGGCCGCGGCCCCGCCCCGGCCCGCCCCCUCAGGUUGAUGGCAGCGGCAGCUGGGACUGCAGCGGCUCGGGGCCCCGGAGAACCGCAGGCAGCGGCCGGAGCGCGCAGCCCCACGCCGCGGACACCCGGAGAGGCAGUGCCCGGACGCCUUCCUCGGCCCCGCAGCGCACCGCGGUCCCCCGGCGAAGGAGUCGCUGCGUGAGCACCCCCUCGGCCCGCUCAGGACCAGCUCACUGGACGAAGGACCAAAAACAUCUCUGGCGUUUGAAGUCUCCCACCUCCGUCCCCAGCCAUGAGCCGUCGCGUCGUGCGGCAGAGUAAGUUCCGCCAUGUGUUUGGGCAGGCAGCAAAGGCCGACCAGGCCUACGAAGACAUACGUGUGUCCAAGGUCACGUGGGACAGCUCCUUCUGUGCCGUCAACCCCAAGUUCCUGGCCAUUAUCGUGGAGGCUGGAGGUGGGGGUGCCUUCAUUGUGCUGCCCCUGGCCAAGACAGGACGAGUGGAUAAGAACUACCCACUGGUCACUGGGCACACUGCUCCUGUGCUGGACAUCGAUUGGUGCCCACACAAUGACAACGUCAUUGCCAGUGCCUCAGAUGACACCACCAUCAUGGUGUGGCAGAUCCCGGACUACACCCCGGUGCGCAACAUCACGGAACCUGUCAUCACGCUGGAGGGCCACUCCAAGCGCGUGGGCAUUCUGUCCUGGCACCCUACGGCCAGGAACGUUCUGCUCAGCGCAGGUGGUGACAACGUGAUCAUCAUCUGGAAUGUGGGCACCGGCGAGGUGCUCCUGAGCCUGGACGACAUGCACCCCGACGUCAUCCACAGCGUGUGCUGGAACAACAACGGCAGCCUCCUAGCCACCACCUGCAAGGACAAGACCCUGCGCAUCAUCGACCCGCGGAAGGGCCAAGUGGUGGCGGAGAGGUUUGCGGCCCACGAGGGGAUGAGACCCAUGCGGGCCGUCUUCACGCGCCAGGGCCAUAUCUUCACCACGGGCUUCACCCGCAUGAGCCAGCGAGAGCUGGGCCUGUGGGACCCGAACAACUUCGAAGAGCCCGUGGCACUACAGGAGAUGGACACAAGCAACGGGGUCCUCCUGCCAUUCUACGAUCCUGACUCCAGCAUCGUCUACCUGUGUGGCAAGGGCGACAGCAGCAUUCGCUACUUUGAGAUUACCGAUGAGCCACCUUUUGUGCACUACCUGAACACGUUCAGCAGCAAAGAGCCACAGCGAGGCAUGGGUUUCAUGCCCAAGCGGGGCCUGGACGUCAGCAAGUGCGAGAUCGCCAGGUUCUACAAGCUGCAUGAGAGAAAAUGUGAACCCAUCGUCAUGACGGUGCCCCGCAAGUCAGACCUGUUCCAAGACGACCUCUACCCGGACACCCCGGGCCCGGAGCCAGCGCUGGAAGCAGACGAAUGGCUGUCAGGCCAGGACGCUGAACCCGUGCUCAUUUCGCUAAGGGAUGGCUACGUGCCUCCCAAGCACCGCGAGCUCAGGGUCAGCAAGCGCAACAUCCUGGACGCCCGCCCUCCUGCCGGGCCCCGCCGCAGCCAGUCGGCCAGUGACACCCCCUUGGCGCAGCAGCACACCCUGGAGACGCUGCUGGAGGAGAUCAAGGCCCUCCGUGAGCGGGUGCAGGCACAGGAGCAGCGCAUCACGGCGCUGGAGAACAUGCUGUGCGAGCUGGUGGACGGCACGGACUAGCCCUGCGCCCGCUCUGGACUCCAAAGCCUGCCUCCUUUAGCUGGGGCCGGGGUGGGCGGAACACCGCCUCCCUGGCGGGAUGGAGGCGAGCAACCUCCACGUCUGACUUGCGCUGGGCUGCACACUUGGUCCGGGACUCGCAAGAGCUGGCCUAGGCCGCCCAGGGGUCAGGGGGCCUCACCAAUGGUGCUGCAGGGCGUGGUGGUAUCCCCCUUUGAUCUCACAUGCAGAAAUCCAGGGAAGUGUUUAGUAUUAGCGCUACGCUUGGGAGAUUUGGGGGAGCUUGGGCCUGACCUCAAAGGGAGUGGCAGUUCAUCAGGUUCCUCACCCCUUCAGACUGGGCAGAGUUACAGCGCUUUGCCUCAUCAGCUCCUUUGAUCCUCACAAAUGAACGAGUGGUUACCCAGACAGGAGCACCCCAGUUCUACAUACACAGACACAACCUGUGAUUUGUGGAUGCUACACCCCAUGGGCUGUCCCAGGGGGUUCUCUUCCGUUCCAUUGGCAGUGGAGUGGGCAGUCUCUGCCAAAGAACUCUCUGGAGAACUGGCAAGGGUGAGCAGGUUCACCCCCGAAGUAUA